AUGUCAGUGAUCUCAGGCCUUAGUGAAUACAAUAUGUUUUAUGUAAACCAUCAAGUGUACUCGAUCGUCUCGCUAGUUACCUUGACGGAUUUUUUUCUUGUGAUAUCGGCAGCUUCAGUAUUGCUAUGCUCCAGACAGCACACGAAAAAGACUAUUGAAGAGGAGAACGAAAGAGCAAGUGUGGGGAAGGACGUUAUGGUGCGUCCACCGAGAGCAGUAUUUAACGAUAGCGACGAAGGAAAUUUUGACGGUGGUGAGUAA